ACAAUCUUCUCAAGCCUCCUAUAUAAAUAGGUACCCUCUCCUACAUAAAAACCCAACUAUACCAUUUUGUAUUCAAAUUCUUGACAUAAAAACAAACACAAAAUGGUUUGCUUCUGUUUUCUGGUUGAUCAGACAAGAAAGGUGAGGAGAUGUAAACCAGCUGCCGGCAUAUGCUCCCGGUGCGGCGGCGGCGCUAGCGUUGCCGACAUGAAGACUGCAACGAGGUUCUGCUAUGUACCAUUUUAUGUGAAGACUUGGAGAGCCAUCAUGUGUACUUUCUGUGGCGCUAUUCUAAGGUCAUAUCGAUGAAAUCCUAAUUUUCUAGAAAUAAUAUCUAUGGUGCACGGAUCUUACCGUCUAACCGUUAGUACUCCGCAUCUUGACAGAGUUUUUAACAGCUAUGUUACUACUAUUUGUUUGUUUUAGACUUUAGUCCAUUUUCUUCAUUCUUUU